CUCCACAAAGUAACAGCGCUCCGGAGUUUGACGCUCGCUAAAAGAUGGGAGACCGUGUUUCGCGCUGGAUCCUCUGAAUUCCCUCUGCGUUGCGGGCGAAAACUUUCAAUUUCAGGUUUCCCCCCAAGGAGCUGCGACCUGUCACCACCUCUCCCAGCGAGUAUCUGUGUCUGAACGCAGCAGCACUUCUGUCACUUUGUGCUUCCAGAGCCCAACAGCAGGCAUAAAAACACCCAGGGACCACAGGCUGCAAGAUUAGAUAAGGAUGGGGUCACAAGUUGCCCUGCUGGGUUGGCUUCUCAUUCUGGGCUUCACCACGAGUGCACUGAGUCUCAACCCUGAUGACCCGAAUGUCUGCAGCCACUGGGAGAGUUAUGCCGUGACUGUCCAGGAAUCCUACGCUCACCCAUUUGACCAGAUCUAUUACACCAGAUGUACGGACAUCCUUAACUGGUUUAAAUGUACAAGACACAGGAUCAGCUAUAAGACAUCUUACCGGCGGGGAGUGAGGACCAUGUAUAGGCGCCGCUCACAGUGUUGCCCUGGUUACUUUGAGAGCGGAGACUUGUGUGUUCCUCUGUGUACAGAGGAGUGCGUACAUGGCCGCUGCGUGUCUCCCGAUUCGUGCCAGUGUGAGCCGGGCUGGGGAGGACUGGACUGCUCCAGUGGCUGUGAGAGCGACUUCUGGGGACCUCACUGCAGUAAUCGGUGCCAGUGCCAAAACGGGGCUAAAUGUAACCCCAUCACAGGGGCGUGUGUCUGCACUGACGGGUACCAGGGGUGGCGUUGCGAGGAGCCCUGCGAGCAUGGUUUCUACGGCAAGGUGUGCCAUCUACAGUGCCAGUGUCUCAAUGGCGCCACCUGCAACCACGAGACAGGAGAGUGCAUCUGUGCACCAGGUUACACGGGAGCUUUCUGUGGAAAACGCUGCCCCUCUGGUAGUCACGGUCCUCAGUGUGAGCAGCGCUGCCCCUGUCAGAACGGAGGAACGUGCCACCACAUCACUGGGGACUGUUCCUGCCCCGCCGGGUGGACGGGUUCAGUCUGUGCCCAGCCCUGCCCACUUGGCAAAUAUGGCAUCAACUGCAGCAAAGAGUGCUCCUGUCGCAACGGCGGACUGUGUGACCACGUCACGGGGCAGUGCCAGUGUGCAGCGGGCUUCAGUGGACGCAGAUGUCAAGAAGAUUGUCCUGUAGGGACCUACGGUCCAAAGUGCAACCAGAAGUGCGAGUGCCAGAAUAAUGCCAAGUGUCACCACAUCACUGGAGCCUGUCUGUGCGAAACAGGCUUCAAAGGGCCUAACUGUCAAGAAAGAUUCUGUCCUCCAGGACUUUAUGGUUACAUUUGUGACAAGUACUGCCCCUGUAAUGCCACCAACACCCUGAGCUGCCAUCCUCUUUCUGGUGAAUGCACCUGCUCUGCGGGAUGGACAGGGCUUUACUGUAAUGAGACCUGCGAGCCUGGAUACUAUGGAGAGGGAUGCAAGUUUUCUUGCAGCUGCGCCAACGGAGCAGACUGUCAUCCUGUCACAGGCGCUUGUAUCUGUGCCCCCGGCUUUAUGGGUGAGGACUGUGCCACAGUGUGUCCUCCUGGUCUGUUUGGGCCCAGCUGCAUGUUCACCUGCUCCUGCCACAAUCACGCCUCCUGCUCUCCGGUCGAUGGCUCCUGCAUCUGCAGGGAAGGCUGGCAGGGUGUGGACUGCUCCAUCCUCUGUCCCAGUGGUACGUGGGGUCUGGGCUGCAAUCAGACCUGUUUAUGUGACAACGGCGCUGCGUGCGACCCUGUUGACGGCACCUGUGCUUGUUCUCCGGGGUGGAGGGGAGAGCACUGCUAUGACCCCUGCUACGACGGCACCUUCGGGCUGGAGUGUCGUGAACGCUGUGACUGCGGCCACGCUGAUGGCUGUGAUUCUGUGAGUGGCUACUGUCGCUGCCACCCCGGCUGGACAGGAAUCCACUGUGAUAAUGUGUGCCUACAAGGCUUCUGGGGACCCAACUGUUCAGUCAGCUGUUCCUGCCAGAACGGGGGCUCCUGCUCCCCGGAGGAUGGCACAUGUGUGUGCGCACCUGGAUACAGAGGGACCUCGUGCAAAAGAAUCUGUUCCCCUGGGUUCUACGGCCACCGCUGCAGCCAGUCGUGUCCGCAGUGUGUGCAUAGCACCGGGCCGUGCCAUCACAUCACUGGUCACUGUGAGUGCUUGUCUGGCUUCUCCGGGUCACUGUGCAACCAAGUCUGCCCGAGCGGCAGGUAUGGGAGAGGUUGUGCUGAGAUCUGCCGCUGCACCAACAACGGCACCUGCAACCCCAUUGACGGCUCCUGCCAGUGCUUCCCGGGCUGGAUAGGAGAAGACUGUUCUCAGGCCUGUCCCUCUGGACACUGGGGCCCUGAUUGUCUCAACUCGUGCAACUGUCACAACGGAGCCCAGUGCAGCGCCUUUGAUGGGGAGUGCAGGUGCAGCCCCGGCUGGACCGGACUCUACUGCACACAGCGCUGUCCUUCAGGGUUCUACGGCAGGGACUGUGCAGAAGUGUGCCGCUGCCAGAAUGGCGCGGACUGCGACCACAUCUCCGGCCUGUGUGCCUGCCGAACGGGCUUCGUCGGGACGAGCUGUGAUCAGAAGUGUCCUGCUGGUACGUUUGGAUACGGCUGCCAGCAGCUGUGCGAGUGCCUGAACAAUGCUACCUGUGACUACGUGACUGGAACGUGCUACUGCAGCACCGGUUAUAAAGGCAUCCGCUGCGAUCAAGCAGCUCUGAUGAUGGACGAGCUCAACCCGUACACUAAGAUUAGCAAAACCCGAGGCACGGAGCGCCAGUCUGCCGGGGCUGUGAUGGGCAUCAUCUUCCUCCUCCUCAUCAUCAUGGCCAUGCUCAGUGUAUUUGUGUGGUACAGACAGAAGCAGAGGGACAAAGGCCAGGAGAUCCAGCCCAGUGUGUCCUACACACAGACGAUGCACGUGAACAACACAGACUAUUCCCUCUCUGAGUGUGGCAGCACCGUGGCGAUGAGAACGAGCGGGCCUGACGUCAGCCAGAACCUGAACAGCAGCAGCGGCAGCAGCAGCCAGUGCUUCUCCAAUCCCAGCUACCACACCGUGGCUCAGUGUAACGUCGUCUCAACCAUUUCCAGCAACCUCGAUGGCACGCUGACCCUUAAAUCAAGCACCCUGAAAAGCAGAAACGGGUCUGAAUGGAGAGCGUUCUGCAACCUCAACGACAUCGAGGUUCAACAGGGGGAGGGACAAAUACAAAGAAGCUCAAGAAAAGAUUACAUCAAGAGCUCUAUGUGCAGUAAUAGCUCCUGCUCCCUGAAUAGUGAUAAUCCAUACGCCACCAUUAGAGACCCGCCGGGGUUGGCUUGUAAGCACACGGAGAGCAGCUACGUGGACAUGAAAUCCCCCUCCCACCGCGAGGUGCCCUUUGGAGGCACCGCCACCCUCCUGGGCCCCGUGAACAGGAAUGUCUAUGACAUUGAACCGACUGUGAGCAUCCUGCAGGGUCCCAAUGGAAUGGCCACUGGCUUCUCCCAGAGUCCCUAUGACCUUCCUUGCAGCAGCCACAUUCCCAGCCACUACGACAUUUUACCCAUGCGUCACAGUCCCACACAUUCACCCCCACCACCUCCAGAAAGCCCCAGCUCCUUGCUCUAAGAGUGCACAUCCUCCACGUGGCCACUGACAGCGUGUUGGUGGCUGGGGAGCCUACGUUCAGCCAACAGCGCCCCGUUUUGUUUCCGUGUGUGUUUUGAUUAGAAACUUUGAGAUGGAAAGACAGCCGCAUCUCUUGUGGACUUUUGUGGUCUCUUUGCCUCCUUCACUCGCACUCUUUUUGUGGACAAGAAGAAGGGAGGGGAGGAAAGAGUGUCCCACACACCAGCGACCGUUCACCCAUUUUAUUUUGUUAUAUAACCGAUCACUCAAACUGCUGCCUGGCCUGUACAUGGACCCGCUGAGGUGGAACGUUAUUGUUCCAACACCGCUAAGGGCAGCAUACAUGAAUCGGGUGGACAGUUUAUUUACAGGGAGAGAGCUUUCCUCACACUCAUUUUUAUCGUAUGAUAUAGGUUUGUUAUUCGAGAGCAGCCAAGUGUUUAUAUUAGCCCCUAAACAGAAGUGAUUGCCCCCACAGGAAGGAAGAUAUUAUAGCCUUGACUAUGUCAAAGGGAUUCACAACAUACCAACAUCAGAAUAUAUGGAUUUUUGCUGCAGCAGAAUGAAUUACCGCCAAUUUGAAGAGGUGCUGAUUGUCUGCUCAGAGGUGAAGAAGUGUUCCAGUUAAAUAAGAGAAUAGUUUGUCCUAAAUGUUAUAUAUGAAAGGCCCAAGUCUGGGUGAGCAUGGAUGAAGAAGCAACUACUGUCAUGGUCCUGUAUUCACUGUUAUUCGGUAAUGAUCAUACGGUUAAUACUGAUCUAAGCUAAGUUUUAUUGUUAAUGAGGCCAUGUGUAUCUGGAUAUGUAUUCGGGUCACCAGUGUUCAUGCAUUUAUUACAUUGAGAGUUACAGAAGAAGUCAGUAGCUUGGAUUUUUUUUCCCUACACUAAUGAAGUGCUCCAAUCUUCUGUUGCAAUCUUUGUAAAAUCCUUUUUAUUCAUUCUUUUCCAAUGUAUUGCUUUACAUUUUUAGAUAUUGGGUGUUAAGAAUUGACUGCUUUGACCCUUUUAUGUUUUAUAUUUAUAAAGCUAAUUGCUUUACUUGUUAAUUUAUAUUACUGAUGAUGUUUUUUUAAUCAAUGUGACUAGAAUAAAAAAAAAAAAGAUGAGCAUGAUCAUAUUAUUGAUACCCACUGAUGUAGAAAACACACGCUUUCUUUUCUUGUGAAAUGAGCACUGUCAUUGUGUGUUGUUUUUGAAGUCACUUGAAAUGUUCUCUUUGUCAAAUUGUAGAUUAAAAUCAAUAUUUCAUCAGACCAAUCCAAGACCCACGAAUGCCCUGCGCAGCACUUGCAAAGAGAGCCACGUGUAAAAAGUAAAUUUCUAGAGAUAUUUAAUGUUUGUAUGAGGCUGGAGUUGCGAGGUCAUCGCGGGAGCUGUGUUUCCCCUUCUGCUGAAGCAAUAACAUGUUGACAAUCGAGGCACAGACGUCUUUGACCAGUGUAGCGACGGAUGAUCAUACUUCACGUGACCAUGUGACCGUUUGUCCUCGUCGCUGUCAUGUCAAAGCUGGUUGUUGGUUUGGUAUC